AUGCCAAUGUUCGCCAGCCGGUUCAAGCUACCUAUACACAUUGUCACCGGUCUCCUCGUCAUCAUCAUUAUUGGCCUCUCGGUACCCCGACUCUUCAUGAAGAACCAACCACGAACUCGAGCCGGCACGAUCGCUCUCGGCAUGGCGAGCACGACUCCAAAUCGCUCUGUAUCCCAAGAGACUAACAACGCCCAGGGAGACAAGUCACUCAUUCUGCUUACGUACAUGCUCGCCGCCGAACACGUCCAAAAUUUCAAGAGAUGGCACAGCUACAAAACCAAUGUCGUCAUCAGCUGCCUCGAAAUCGUCGUCUGGGGCGCCGUCGCAUUUCUCGUCUUCCAAGGCAACCUGAAGACAUGUGUAGGAGUGACUUGCUAUCUGAGCUGGGUCGUGGUCGGUAUUGCUGUUGUCAUCAAUCACCUCGAAAUUUACGCCUCGGCUAUCGCUACUCGAGAGUUCCGCAAUUACCGCAAGAUGCGCGAUGGCAUGCCUCUUUCUUCUGUUAUGAGCCGUGGCACCGACGAGGACGAGAUGAUGCAGAGAUUUCCUCCUCAGCCGGAGAAUGCGUAUCAGGGACAUCGUGAGCAGCGUCAUGUAGCGCCUCCGAGGCAUCAUGCGCAGGUUGUGCGUGGAAAGCAGUAG